AUGCCCUGUGCAACCGGGGACUUUGCUCCUCUCAGCUACAUCCUUGUCCUCACCUCAAGAGCUACGGACCGAAAGCAGGUACUGCAGUCCAGCUCGAACGCUCCCGGCCUUUGGUGGGUUGUGAACCGGCGUGGGCGUGCGCGGGCCAAGGCGACGGCCCCAGGAGCAGCGCUUGGACGGCAGUGCAGCGGGGGACGGCGGGCUGCGGAGCUCCGUGCCGGGUUGCCGGCCGCGGAGUCUGGUUGUACAAGUGAUAACCUGACUCACGAUGCCAAGACCGAAGAUGAUUCAGAUGAUGGGAAAGACGCUGCCCAGCUGAUCCAGAUAACAAUCACUUUUGAGGAUUUGGAAGUGAACUUCACCCAGGAAGAAUGGAAAUGUCUGACACCCACACAGAAGACCCUUUACCAGACAGUGAUGUCAGAAACCAUCAAGAACCUGACAUUUGUGGCAAGUAUGCAGAAACCUCAAGAACCUGGCGCACAUCUGAAAGAUGAGGAGAGUGCUGAUGAAGAGGAGGCUUCUGUUUGCAAAGGAGUAUUCAAGGGUGGACCACUCCUUUUCUGCCUGACGUGUGGCAAAUGUUUCAAAAAGAGUGCCUUCCUCCUUAGUCACCAGUUUCCUUCGAUGUCCCAGAGGGCUGCUAGCCACGAGCCCCCGCUUAGUGAAGACAGGCCUUUCUCUUGCCAUAUCUGUAACAAGACUUACCGUGAUGCUUCCGGACUGAGCCGUCACCGACGCAUUCAUUUAGGUUUCAAGCCCCGUGCGUGCCCUGUGUGUGGAAAGUGCUUCCGGGAUCAGUCUGAGGUCAAACGCCACCUGAAGGUACACCAAAACAGGAAGCCAGUGGCUGGCAACCAGCAGCAUACCGUUCCACCUACUACACCUGGAUCCCAAGCACCCAUCCUCAGGCAUGUAAAAGUGAUUCAGGGACCAGUGGCCAGGGCGAAGGCACGUAACGGCAUGGCCUCUUGCCUGGAUGUCAGAGCCAAAACUGCUGUAGUGAGGCAGACAAGAAUAACGAUCUCUUGCCCCUUUUGUCCCGUAACUUUUAUCAAGAGGGUCUGUUUCUUAACCCACAUCAGCUUGCACUACAAGGGUCAAUCCAGCGAAGAGCCCUCCCACUCAUCCAACACACCCAGGAAGCCAACGAUCUUUUCUUGCCCUGUUUGUGAUGACUGCUUUAGGGAAAAGGAAAGCCUGCUGGAACACUUGUGCGAAAAAACAUUGUUUACAUGCGCGGAAAUCCUGGGUCAUUUGCUUGGCUUUCUUCCUAAUCCCUUGGUGCUUCAGAGUAGUUCACAAGUAGAGGAAUCGUCAGGGGAAGUAGCGGGAUCGUCAGGGGGAGUAGAGGAAUCGUCAGGGGAAGUAGAGGAAUCGUCAGGGGGAGUAGAGGGAUCGUCAGGGGGAACGGAUGAUGGAUAAAGACAAGACAUAAAGAGGAAGCAUGUACGCAGUGAGAAAUAAAAGGCCUGUCUGGGGAUGGUGAGAGCUAGUGGCUAAACAGCCGGACCUCCGGAGUUUGAAGGAGUUUGAAGCCUGAGGCUCCUGUGACAGAGAAAAGAACUGACCCCUGACCUCACACAUAUAUGGGUGUGUGAGGUCACACACACACAUCUCCCCACC